CGCUCCUUCCCCCGCCUCUCUGGCGGCGGGAGAGUCGCGCUCACUCGGAUCCCGCAGCUGCCUGGCGGCGGGCGGCGGGCCCUGCCGGGGCAGGUGCGCGGCUGCAGGACCGAGCCCCGCGGGCAGCCGGCACCAUGGUGCUUUCGGUGCCGGUGAUUGCGCUGGGCGCCACGCUGGGCACCGCCACUAGCAUCCUCGCGCUGUGCGGGGUUACCUGCCUGUGCAGGCACUUGCACCCCAAGAAGGGGCUGUUGUCGCGGGACCGGGACCCCGACCCCGAGAAGGCAAAGCCGGGAGUGCUCAGACCAGUCCAACAGUUCAACGUGAAAAAGUCCACGGAGCCUGUCCAGCCUCGAGCCCUCCUCAAGUUCCCAGACAUCUAUGGCCCCAGGCCAAAUGUGACCGCUCCAGAGGUCAUCAACUAUGCUGACUACACGCUGAGGACCACGGAGGAGCCGGCUGCACCUGCCAGCCCCCAGGCCCCGCACGACAGCCGUCUCAAGCGGCAGGUCACGGAGGAGCUGUUCAUCCUUCCCCAGAAUGGCGUGGUGGAGGACGUGUGCGUCACGGAGACCUGGAACCCGGAGAAGGCGGCCAGCUGGAACCAAGCCCCCAAACUCCACUACUGCCUGGACUACGACCGGCAGAAGGCCGAGCUGUUCGUGACGCGCCUGGAAGCAGUGACCAGCGACCACGACGGAGGCUGUGACUGCUACGUCCAGGGCAGUGUGGCCAACAGGACGGGCUCCGUGGAGGCCCAGACGGCCCUGAAGAAGCGCCAGCUGCACACCACGUGGGAGGAGGGCCUGGCGCUCCCGCUGGUGGAGGAGGAGCUCCCCACAGCCACCCUGACGCUGACGCUCAGGACCUGCGACCGCUUCUCCCGCCACAGCGUGGCUGGGGAGCUCCGCCUGGGCCUGGACGGGGCGUCCGUGCCUCUAGGGGCCGCCCAGUGGGGCGAGCUGAAGACUUCCACCAAGGAGUCGUCUGCAGGGGGCGGAGAGAUUCUUCUGUCCAUCAGCUACCUCCCAGCUGCCAACCGCCUCCUGGUGGUGCUGAUCAAAGCCAAGAACCUGCACUCUCACCAGUCCAAGGAGCUCCUGGGGAAGGAUGUCUCAGUCAAGGUGACUUUGAAGCACCAGGCUCAGAAGCUGAAGAAGAAGCAGACGAAACGGGCCAAGCACAAGAUCAACCCCGUAUGGAACGAGAUGAUCAUGUUUGAGCUGCCGGAUGACCUGCUGCGGGCCUCCAGCGUGGAGCUGGCGGUGCUGGGCCAGGACGAGGAGGGGCAGAGCUGUGCGCUCGGCCACUGCAGCCUGGGCCUGCACGCCUCGGGCUCCGAGCGCAGCCACUGGGAGGAGAUGCUCAAAAACCCACGCCGGCAGAUUGCCAUGUGGCACCAGCUGCACCUGUAGCCGGCCACCCGCCCGCCUCCCAGCUCCGGCACCACCCCAUCCUCUGCAGUCUCCUGUCUGUCUGUGCCCCUUCCUCAUUCUGACACCCAGAAGACAGAGACAGGGACAGGCAAAGGCCAGGGCCUGACUCCCCAGGCGUCCCAUUCCCGCCUCUAAAACAGAAGCCUGGCAGGGUUGGAGGGUGCAGCCAGGAUGUCAGGGGUGUCCCUGAGAAAGGCACUGAACAGGUGUUGCAGGUGGGUGGCAGCCAGGUGCGGGGAAAGCUUCAAUUGUGGAGUCACGGGUGCAAGGGGGAAAGAGGGGUUUAAAAAUGAAGCAUUCCCAAAGCGACGUGGGACUAAGUCUCCUGGGCCAGCUCCCACAAGUUGAGGUUGUCUGGGUGGGGUGGGAAACCUUAGCCAGCGCUCUAUCAAGCUCCAAACAGUCAGACCAGCCAUUCUCAAGCUCCAGUGUGGAGAGGACCACCAGCAGCUCCCGAGGCCCCACCCCACCCCCGAGCAGGCGUGCCACGUGAGCAUACCUGCUCCGAGCCCAGGAGCCCACGUGUUUUAGCAAGCACCGGGUGGUUCCGAUGCAGAGGUAGAAGCGCCGCACGUGGAGAAUCCUUUCCCCCACAUUCUAGCAAGGUUUCCAGCCGCACGCCUUGCCGAGGCUCCAGCACCACAUGGCGGCCCCAGUCCCAGCGCUGGACACUUUGACCAUCAUCAGUGUGAAAUGUGCAGCUUAAAAAUGUAGUUAUCUUCAUUCUUCAGAUUUUAACUCGGGUUUUGAGAUUCUGCUCUGGGACCAGAUGUUGUGCUUUUUAUUGAAGAACUGUAUGGUGUUUUUUUUUUUUUAAGAUUUAUUCAUUUAUUUGUAAGGCAGAGUUACAGAGAGGCAGAGGCAGAGAGAGAAAGAAAGAGAGAGAGAGAGAGAGGUCUUCCAUCCACUUCUUCACUCCCCAAAUGGCUGCAACAACUGGAGCUGCGCUGAUCCGAAGCCAGGAGCCAGGAGUUUCUUCCAGGUCUCCCACGUGGGUGCAGGGGCCCAAGGACUUGGGCCAUCUUCUACUGCUUUCCCAAGCCACAGCAGAGAGCUGGAUUGGAAGUGGAGCAGCCGGGACUCGAACCAACACCCAUAUGGGAUGCCGGUGCUGCAGGCAGUGGCUUUACCCACUACAACACAGUGCUGGCCCCAGAACUUUAUGGUUUUAUCUCAAAAUCAGUCUGCUCAUCUUGGGAAGACCGUGUCUGAUGAAGACCCUCACUGAUGGCUGGGUUGGAUUCUGAGUGCCCAGUGUCAAGGCCACCAGCACCGCCACGGGACCCUCUGAGACAGACCUGCCCGCCCCUCUCUGCCUUCCAGCCACUUCAGAAGGAAACUUCAUGAUCAGCUCAGCCCGUUGCGUCUGGCUACAGGAAAACGGCCAUGGGAGAGAGCCUUCCAUAGGAAACGAGGGCUCUGGUAGCCACGCCUGGCUCCCUCAGCGUUCACGACUCACUAGUUUAAUCAUUGAAAAGAGACAGCUUGGUUUUGAAUUCCUACUUUGUUAUUCCCAGUAGAUGUGCACGCCGUUGAUUAACUCUGUCAUGAGCCUCAUGAAGUGGAGAACACUCCGCUAGGAGCCAGGAUUCCUGGGCCGGUGCCCGUCAGAGCCUCGGCGUGGGGUGUGCGGGACAGGACCAGUGACGCGGUUGCUGUCCCUGAAUGGUGAGGUAGAUGAUAUAGAGCGGUAAGUGCUCCCUGGCUAAGGACAAGCCCUGAGUCCACUUGCCGGUCAUCUUUAAGAUGGCCUAGUGUCUUGAACUUCAAGUUGGCAAUUGAGAAUGCCCAGAAAGUGCCAGAACCUUCUAGAUACUUCCAGGAGACAGAUUCUGCAUUUGGACCUUUGGAUGCAAAGUGGCUUCCGAAAGUUCCUGGAAAAAGGAAAUCAAAGAUAAUGAGAAUUUGCCGCAGACUCUUAGACGCCUCCUGCACUGUUCUCCAAACUCCGGCCCUACAGAUGCCAGCUCAGGCCCCCGGUCUAAGAAGGCGUUCCUGAGUCAGGCCAUCCCUGGCUUCCCCCUGAGAAUCUGGGGCAGAGCUGAGCCCCGCUGGCCAUCAUUUUUCCUUCGUGCACAGAAAGAGGAGAGCUUUAGAAAUAAUGCCGACCCCCUGUCUGGAGAAACAGGGAAAAAACAUUCCAUCUCUCCAUCGGGGAAACUCUUUGGGUGCCCGGAAGGGCCCUUGCCGGUUUCUUCUUUCCCUUCCUUCCGGGGCGAAGCUCUUGGUGGUGGCUUCUUAGAACGUGUUUCAGAGACUCCUUGCCUUCUUUGUGGCCAGGAUGGCACAGAGAGGGUAACCAUUUCCUGGGCGAGGCGACCAGCAUUCUUUCCUUGGUAACAGCUGCUGCUCCAGUCUGGAAGAGCUUGGAUUCCAGACCUAAAACCCCCAGAAUUUAAGUAUUCAGCCAGAACCCCUGUCCUGCUUCCUUCUACACCUGUGCACCUGCCUUCCGGCCCCAUGGAAGGACAUCUGUGGGAAGCUUGGGCGGGGCCCUCGAUCCCAGGGUGUCCACCCCAUCUGGUCCUUCCAUCACAAGGCAAUCAUUUCUUUGGAUCUCAAAGUUUCCAUCUUCCAGAAUCCAAAGGAAGGUUUUCCCCUGACAGGAGCCAAUGCCUGGCUUGCCAGCCAGCAUCUCACGCUGCAAGGACCGAUAGAAGUGGAUGCGUUUUGCAGGGAGUUUGGGUCCACAUUCACUGGUGUGUUCCAAGUUUCUAGGAUGGCCCUGUCUCUUGAGUACUCAAUAAAUAUUUGUUGAAUGAAUCAGUGAUGGAUGGGGGCAGGGGAGAGAAGACGAUAGAUUUCAAAGCAUAGAAACGUUAGCCGGGUGCUCAAUGCUAGACCCCAGACAUCAUAGAGAUUGGGCUAGAAGUGCGUGACAACGAGUCUCACUGUUUGUCUAAUGCAACCACAGCUCUCGCUGCAAAUGUAGUGAGAGAAAAGAAGAGAGAAUUGCUGGGCUUCUCCUCCGAAACUCCGUCUUGGUGGAUCUGAAAUUACCCAGAGAUGCUCACAUUGCCAAACGCAAAACUUCAGUCACAUGUCCCAGACACACUGGCCAUUUGCUAGCCAUUGAGAGUGGUUGGGCCGGUGGGACGACCUCUGAUCACUGUGGGAAGGGGCGCCUUGCUCUUGGCCAGGGAGGAGCACGAAGCAGAGGUGAUGGCAGGGUGGGAGACCGUCCCAGCUGGGCGUUGUCCCGCAGGCAACCUGGUCCCUUAUAGACAUGAACACAGGAAUUCAUUCACCCCCCCGUGCCUCUGCCUCCUGCCUCCAGUCAGCACGUGCGCCAUGGAGCCCUGGAACCAGCAUUUCCAUCGGAGGUGUGACCCUGGAUUGAGGGGCAAGUCUCCCCCAGGGAAGGGAGGCGGGGUGAGCGGGCAGGGAGAGCCAGCAUUCAGUCCACUCCUGGAGGGUGGACAGGGGUCCUGGGCGGAAGGUGGCUGUGGCCACCCCCUCCCCACCCCCGGGAAGAGAGACCCAGUCCUUGUGAUUUGUUCCUUGUUGUCAAGUGCUAAGUGUGUGCGUGUUUUUUCAGUCAUGAACCGAAGCACAAAAAGACGCAUGAGACACUGUCGUCGCCAUCCGGUGUCACAUUUGGGAGUAAAAACCUUGCAGUAGCAAAUAAAUAACUUCCACAGGGUCA